AUGACGAUCACUUCGCUGCUUUUGAUGAUGCUCGUAACGUGCAGUUUGUGUUUAUCACCUGUCACUGGUCAGACAUCGCCCCCUAUCAAUACGUCUACAUCGUCAUCCUCAGAAAUUACAUCAGGUUCUACGACGCUAAACAUAUCAACAACCACGCAGAACACCGACACAAUGACCCCUGCAACUGAUACACAAAUGCCGACAUCGUCAUCUACAGGAAGUGCAGCGGUUUCUACCACGCCACCGGUACCCACAACCACGGAUAACGCCGAUAUAUCGACUACUGUAACGGAUGGACCUACGGCGACAUCGUCAACCUCAGGAAGUACAUCGGUUUCGACGACGUCAAAAGAAUCGACAGAUGUCACCGAUACAUCGAUCACUGCGACAGAUGCAUCAACGUCGACCUUGCCAUCCACAGAGAGUGCAUCAGAUUCUACGUCUACAAAGGCUCCUACAGCUACAACAACUGUGGCUGAUACAACUUUAAAUGCAUCAACCACUAGUACACAUACGGGUUCAUCAACAGCUAGUGCAGGAGGUAGUCAAACCUCCCCUACUGCUGGUUCUACUGGGCAACCAAACAGUACAACCAAACCAACCACAACCACUGUUACUACCCCAACCACAACCACGUCCGCCUCGACGGAACCACCAACCACAACCACAUCCACUUCGACUGGACCAUCAACCACAACCACACCCGUCUCGACGGAACCACCAACAAUCCAAUCGACAUCAAUAUCGUCUACGGCAAAUCCAGCAACCACCUCCGAUUCUAGAACGGGGUCUAAUACCACACCAACAAUUAAAGCAACGUGCUCAAGAGGACAGCACGACUGUCUCAAGCAAGAUGACUACAGGACCAAAGGACCAGUCGACAGAACCACCAUCACUUCAACCAACGUUAUCGACAGGUGCUAG